AUUUUUAUUGUGCUGCCGUGAAAAAAUAAAUUUCGCCUACAAAUCCUUGGCAAAAAGUAACAUUAGAUUUUGAUCAACAGAACGGUUUGUCUCCCUACUCGGAAAUUAAAAUACAAACGAACAAACGCCGGGUUUUAAUGCUCAUAAUUGCAUCAUUUCAUUGAAGAAAAACGUACAAAGUGUUGAAAUGGGCGAUAUGUGUCAGAGCUUAAUAGAUUGGUUUCAGACGCUUAAAUUGGCUGCUCCCCACUCCAAUGCCGAAGAAUUAUCCGAUGGAGUUGCUUUGGCCCAGGCGCUACACCAAUUUUCCCCCGAAUCCUUUACCGACGUAUGGUUGUCCAAAAUUAAGGGAGACGUUGGUAUGAACUGGCGUCUAAAGAUGAGUAAUUUGAAGAAAGUUGUGGAGGCCCUAUACGAUUACUACACUGAUGUUUUGAACUACUCGCUGGCCGAAUUUCCUAGGCCAGAUGCAAUGCGUAUUGCCGAAAAACAUGACGCCGUGGAACUGGAGCGAUUGCUUCAGCUCAUUCUGGGUUGUGCUGUGAACUGUGCCACAAAACAAGACUACAUACGAGACAUUAUGCUGCUGGAAGAAUCUUUGCAGGCAAACAUAAUGAAGGCUUUGCAAGAACUCGAGUCCUCGUGCCAAGGGGCAUCCAUGUCUAGGAAUCCUCUAAGUAUAGUAAAUUUCGAUAGUAAGAUAUUGCAAGAGGAGAGAGACAGAUUGGCUCAGAAAUGCUUUGACUUAGAGAAAAAGAAUGCCCUUUUGGUGGAGGAGAAGGCAAAUCUAAGUACCGAAGUGACCAAGCUGCAAGAAGAUAUAAGAAAACUGGAAACCGCUUCAACAAUUGGCGAUGAUGGCAUCUCAUUGGGCCCGGUGAUGGCAGGUUCUACAAGAUAUUUGGAUAUGCGUAAACAAUUGGAUGAACUAAAGGAGGAGCUGCUGCAAUCGGAGACAAGCCGUGAAGACCUUAGGCUAAAAUCGCAGCAACAAGACACCGAAAUUCAGUUGUUGCAACAGCGCGUAGAAGAGCUAAACAAAACGGCUACAGAAUUUCUUAAACUAAAAGACGAAAUUGAUGUGCUAAGAGAGGCAAAUGAAAAGCUAAAGGUAUGCGAAGCCCAGGUUAAGACUUACAAAAAGAAACUGGAGGACUACACCGAUUUGAAGAAGCAGCUCAAAUUAUUGGACGAAAGAAGCGCGGAAUACUUGCAGCAAAAUGUGCAAUUUGAGGAAGAUGCCAAAAAAUGUGCCGCCCUUAGAGGGCAAAUUGAGCUUUACAAAAAGGAGGUGCAAGAUCUCCAUGUGAAGUUGGACAAGGAAAUGAGCAACAAUCUUAAGCUGGAAUUCGAAAGUAAAACUAUGGAGGAAACCAUAUUCUCUUUGCAGCAAGCAAAAGAUGGCUUGCUCAAAGAGCGGGACGGCCUUAGGGAGGCUUUGGAUGAACUGAAAUGCGGCCAAAUGUCAAACAGCUCUGAAGAUGUUGCCACCGCAAUGUCCAAGGAGUUGCAACCUUCGGCCAUAAGUGAACGCGUCAAAAGGCUUGAAUUGGAAAAUAAAGCCCUCCGUGAGGGUCAAGGUGGCCAAACUGCUUUAAUGCAGCUACUCGAUGAUGCCAAUAAACGUAACACCAACUUACGCGAACAAUUAAAAGCAGCCACUGAGCGUAUUAUGUCCCUCACCCAUGUCGCUGCAACUAGCGAGGAUGGCAAUGCCAAAGGAACUGAUAUUUCCAAACAAAUGAAGCACUUGUUGGAGCUCAAUGAGCAGAAGGCAGUACAAUUGGAUGAGUAUAUCAAUCAAAAUACAGCUCUUCAAAGUAAAAUUACCCAAUUAGAGACAACAUUGGCCACACGGGAUCAAGAGCUAUUGGGACUCGAUACCAAGUAUCGAAAGUGUGUUGAGAGAGCAAAGGAUAUAAUCAAAAAUAUGGAUCCUCGUGGUAUAAAUGCAUCAGAUGCCAAUUUGCUGGAGAAUAUGCAAGAAAUUGCCGACUACAAAAAGCAGGAAUUUUCUUCGCUUGAGGAAAAUCUAAUGGCCACAGCUUUCUAUAGGUUGGGUGCCAACUCGCAACGCGAUAUAAUCGAUUCGAAAUUGGCUUUGCUUUUGGGACAAGGGCAAACAUUUUUAUCACGCCAACGGCAAUCCGGUCCCAGAAAGGUCAUGGCAACUGUUAAGGGCAAAUAAUGUUAGUUAGUAAAUGGCUUGGAGAUGUAACCCACAAGGGUUUGGUGAAGUAGUUGUUUGGGAAUAUUUUGUAAAAAAAUUUCAAACUUUUGAAAUCUGUUGAAGAGUUACAUUUUAAUAGGACCCAAGAGUAUAUACAUACAUAUAUACAACUUCAAUUAUACACACAAAACACAUAAAAUUUGACUUGUACAAUAAUAUUUGUAAUAGUAUUAAGAUUUCGACUCAUGUUUAUUAUGUUUAAUUAAUCACAUCUGCACUAUAUCAAUUAAGAUAAAAUCUUAUAAAAAGAACAAAAAAAUCGAACACUCACAUGUACACACAAACUCAUUAAUUCCUAAUAGAGGAAUUGCAAAUAUAUUUUUAUGUCAUGUUAUAUUGUAUUUAUAACCUAAAAUGUAUA